AGGGCCGAGCGGAGCCGCCGGUGUUUGUGAUGGAUCCAGCUAACUAGGAAGGGCGGCUGUGCCUUUAACUGACAUAAAACCGAAAGAAGAAGCAGUCAGCGCCGCUGCUGGGUCGCUAAGCUGCCUUCACUGGGACCCACCGGGGAUUUCGAUAUGAUACUUGUCAAAGUCACUCUCGUGUUCUGCCUCCUGGCGGAUAUCACAGGUCAGUCUGGGAAGCCAUUGAACAAAUAUAUUCGUCAUUAUGAAGGUCUAUCGUAUGACACAGAGGCCCUGCACAGCAGUCACCAGAGAGCGAAGAGAGAACUGGCUCCUGCAGAAAGGGCCGUGCACCUGGACUUCCACGCACACGGAAGAUAUUUUAACUUGCGGAUGAAGAGGGACACUUCUCUAUUCUCUCCAGAUCUCAUCAUUGAGGUGUCAGGAGAGGAGUCACCUGUUGAUACUUCGCACAUAUACAGCGGAGAAAUCUUUGGUGAAAAGGGCACAUUGACCCACGGCUCCGUGGUUGAUGGGCGCUUUGAAGGCUUCAUUAAAACCCACCAAGGAAUGUACUAUGUCGAACCCUCAGAGAGGUACCUACAGGACAAGAAUGUUCCCUUCCACUCUGUAAUCUAUCACGAGGAUGACAUCAAUUAUCCUCAUAAGUAUGGUUCGGAGGGCGGCUGCGCUGACCACUCAGUGUUUGAGAGCAUGAGGAGGUACCAGGCGUCGGCAGUAGAGGAGCAAGCCCAAGGGAUGAACAGCGUGUUGGAGGACGAGCAGUUCCAUGGUCCUCUCAUUCUGAGGAAGAAGAGGGCAACAGGGAAAGAGAAAAAUACCUGCCAGCUCUUCAUCCAGACUGACCACACGUUCUUCAAAUACUACUUAACAAGAGAGGCUGUCAUUGCCCAGAUCUCCAGCCACGUGAAGGCUAUCGACUCUAUUUACCAGGCCACAGACUUCAAGGGCAUCCGAAACAUCAGCUUCAUGGUUAAAAGGAUCAGGAUAAAUGACACCGUUGCUGAAAAGGACCCAAGCAAUCCUUUUCGCUUUGCCAAUAUCGGAGUGGAGAAGUUUUUGGAGCUUAACUCCGAACAGAACCAUGAUGACUACUGCCUGGCCUACGUCUUCAGUGAUAGGGACUUUGAUGACGGUGUGCUCGGCUUGGCUUGGGUUGGGGCUCCCUCAGGAAGCUCUGGUGGCAUCUGUGAGAAGAGCAAACUGUACUCUGACGGAAAGAGGAAGUCUCUGAACACUGGUAUCAUCACUGUGCAGAACUAUGCCUCUCAUGUCCCUCCCAAAGUGUCACACAUUACCUUUGCUCAUGAGGUCGGGCACAACUUUGGCUCUCCUCAUGACUCUGGGAUCGAAUGCACCCCUGGAGAGUCGAAGGUACAAGACAAAAAGGAGAACGGUAACUACAUCAUGUACGCCAGAGCCACAUCGGGAGACAAGCUCAACAACAACAAGUUCUCUAUCUGCAGCAUCCGCAACAUAAGCGCUGUGCUGACGAAGAAGAGAGACGACUGUUUUGUUGAGUCUGGCCAGCCUAUCUGUGGUAACGGACUCGUGGAAGAUGGAGAACAGUGUGACUGUGGCUACAGCGAUCAAUGUAAAGACCCCUGCUGCUAUAACGCCAAUGAAGAGGAUGGCAAAAAGUGUAAACUCCAACCUGGCAAAAUCUGCAGUCCAAGCCAAGGCCCAUGUUGCACAGCAGAGUGUUCUUUCAAAAAUACAAAUGACAAGUGCCGACUGGAGUCCGAAUGUGCCAGAGAGGGCACAUGCAACGGAGCCACAGCUCUGUGUCCUGCCUCAGAACCAAAGCAAAACUUCACAACUUGCCAUUCCGAAACACAAGUCUGCCUCAAUGGGGUCUGCUCAGGUUCCAUUUGUGAGAAGUAUUCUCUUGAGUUUUGCACCUGUGCCAGCGAAGAGGGCAAGGACGAGGCAUCUGAGCUGUGCCACGUGUGCUGCAUGGAGAAAAUGAACCCCAGCACCUGCAGCAGCACAGGCUCCGAGAAAUGGGACAAAUUCUUCAGCAAGAAGAUCGUGACACUGCAGCCCGGCUCACCCUGCAAUGACUUCAAGGGCUACUGCGAUGUGUUCAUGAGGUGUCGUCUGGUGGAUGCCGACGGGCCCCUGGCAAGGCUAAAGAAAGCCAUCUUCAAUGCAGAGCUCUAUGAGAAUAUCGCAGAAUGGAUAGUGGAUCACUGGUGGGCAGUGCUGUUGAUGGGCAUCGCUCUUAUUAUGCUAAUGGCCGGGUUCAUCAAGAUCUGCAGCGUCCACACCCCCAGCAGCAACCCCAAACUGCCCCCACCAAAACCACUGCCAGGUACACUGAAACGAAGAAGACAACAGCAAGCAAACCAACAGGCCCGAGGCCAGCGUCCCCAGCAACAGUACAGAGAGAACUAUCAGAUGGGACAGAUGGAACCGAUGAGACGCUGAGACACUGGUCAGCUCUUUGCCUUAGUUCUUCCUAGUGCCUACAAUGGGAGCACUUCACUCCAAAGAGUUACCUUUACCACAACAUUCAAAGAACUUGUAACUGAGACGCUUUCACUGGACAAAAGCCUGAAGUUUUUUUUUUUUUACUGGAAAUAAAUCUUUUUUCCAAGGAGGGACAGGAGCAAAAAUUCUCUGCUCUCUGUUAUGUGGUCUUAAUCUUUUAUUUUUAAAAUUUUUUUUUUCAUUCAAAGAACUGAGGAGAGAGAAGCAGCUUUGUGUCAGAGUUUGCCUUCCUCCGUCUGUGCAACCUUUUCCUUUCCUGUUCUUCCUCUCCAAAGUGCUGCCAUCAUCAGCACAAUAGCAGGACUGCAAGUCGCAUGAGUUUUUGCUGCCAAUCAGAAACAACAGAGACAUUUUCUUGGAAGAAAUUGAAUUGCCAAUGUAAUUAGAUUGUUUAAAUAGCAAAACAGCUUUUCAUUUCUAAAGCAACCAUGUUCCUUCAGUGUGCGAUUGUACAGAUGUUGCAGUAGAUAUCUUUUUCUCUUUCGAAUGAACCUGAUCUUCUGUAUGACGAAGAUUAUUUACUGUUUUAAUUCACUUUCUCAGGAUUAUUAACACAACAGCAAACAAGUGUGUUGGGGGGGAAAGACAGCUGCAUGCAUAUUUCAGGGCAAAGUCCCUCCUGGCUGAUGCCUGUGCAGAAGGGUCACAUUAGCUGCUGUGGGGUGUAGAGGGCAGUUAGUAGUUGGUGAAGAAGAUGCAGAUUAUCUGUUGUCAGAUGGAGGGUUGUGGCGGGGGAGAUAUAUUUUCUAGAUAUGUAUUUUUCUUGUUGUCAUGGUUCUGCAGCUGUGUUUACAUAAUGGUCUGUAGUCUGGGGCUGGAAUAAAUGGUGAGAGAAUAUAUAGCUUUUAUCAACCUGAUUGUAUCAAACUUUUAACUUUUACAAACUCACAGUCUUUAAGAAAAUGACUAAAUCUGUUCAAACCACUGUCGGCUGGUUGAAUCCUCUCGGCCUCUUUAGCCAGAUGAAGAACCUCUUGGGUUUAAAUGUGAUUGUGGAUUUUGCUUUUAUUGCUUUUACUUGCAGUUCAGAUUAUUUUGUAUAUCUGGAAUAGUUUAAUUAACCGAGGGAAACUAGAGAUUCUAAUUUUAUUGUUGUUGCUGUUGCUGCAGGUAACGGAAAUUUACCAGAGUGAAACAAUCAAUACGCGUCGGCCAUUUCUUGUUCUGUUCUGUCUUUUGUUUUUUCUACUGAUUAGAAUUUUCUCCAGGAAACUUAUUAUCCACGUUACGCCCUCUUCCUUUGUCUAAUUACAUAGAAAAAAUGUGCCUACACAGAAUAGUGUGACUGAAAUUGGUGAACUAGUGUCAGGGAGCUUGACUUAGGCAGUAGCAGUGCAGUGCAGGCAGUGUAUCCUUAAGAUUGUUGAUUUGUUGUCUGCGCUGCAGAAACUGAAAGAUGAAAUGUGCUCGAAAUGAUGCGGCCUAGGACAACGUAUGAUAAUCAUAAUGAUUGACAUACACACAGUUUGCUAUAUCAGCCGACACGUGAAAGAAACCAAACUUUACAAACAUAGAAUUUCACAUCAUAUUCCUCAGUUUCAGAUUGUAGUUAGUAUUUACUUUCUAUGGUAUCUUGUUAAUGUCCAGCCCUGCUUUGGCUUAAUUUGAGUUUUGAGUUGUCGUCCGCCAGAUUCAACUGAAGCCACCUUCACUGACAGAUUGAUAAGAGUUGCGUUACUGGCAAAUAUUGAAAUAUAUAUAUAUAUAGUUUCUUAAAGUUAUUUUCCGAAGGAGAACUUUGUGGAGAAAGGAUUCUUAUAUCUCGACCUUGUGAAGGAGUUGUAUGAAGCACAGCUACAGCUCUGCAUUGUUUUCUGUGCAGGGUGUGAGGAUGUUGAUCCAAUCAGAUUCUAUGCAGACGGUCACACAGCGCUCAAGUUGGCCUCUUCACAAAGAAAUGCCUUCAUCGAUUUCUUUCUCCUAGAUGGGUACAUGAUCCAUUCUGUUGUGUUUUCAGAACAUGAUAGUGUUUCAUGCUGCCGCAAAGUUUCGAUACAGACAAAAAUGCAAUCCUCUAUUGCUUCUUUUGCUGAUUCUGUUUGUUGUUUUGGUGCUACUGGGUCAGAGCCUGAACUCUACUUUUACUAUCUUUGGCUUGUGUUCAUGUGUGUGCGUACGUGCGUCUUUGCUGAACCAUCAUUUUCUCUGUGUUGCGUUGGUAUGGUGUGGACAAUAUGUGGGUGUUUAGGGUAAAUACUCUGGGAAAAUUCUUCUUUGCUUUCACAUUUCUGUGAUGUUAAGAAAACGUGCACUGAAGUGUAAGUGGUGUAAACUGCGACUCAAAACUAGGAAAGGUUCAUAACUGCUGUCUGAUUUUAAUGUCUUCGGUUUUUUAUACAGUGUCUUUUUGUUUUUAAUUUACUUUUUUUGUCCUGUAUCCCCACCACGCUUACUUUGAAAAUUUUACUAAAUUUGCAAAGGUAUUGUGCAAAAAUAUAAUUUCUCUUUGAACUACUUGAAAUGCAUUAAUAAAACAAAAUUUAUCAAA